GCACAACCCCACUUGUGGGCAACCUAUACUUGUAUAUAAAGGGCUAGUAGCCAUACUUCAACCCGUACUUACUUGAAGCAAAGUAGUCGUACAUAUAAUCCAAAUGGCCUCAUCUGAUGUUCCGGGCAGUCCCGAGAGGGUUUGUAACUUCGAGCCAUCUGUUUGGGAAGAUUUCUUCAUCAUAUACGAGCCAGAGCCACUCCAGAUAUCUGAAGAAUGUAUGAGGGUGAAAGCUGACAAACUGAAGGAGGAUGUACGCAUGUUGUUUCAGACGUUCAAUGGUACUAUGGAAGAGAAACUGACCUUCCUGGACACACUCCAGCAUCUCGGAAUUGAUCACCUCUUCAGAGAACAGAUAAACAAGGCCAUAAAUGAAAUCCACGAGACUGAAUUCAAUAGCUGUAGCCUGUAUGAGGUUGCUCUUUAUUUCCGCUUGCUUCGAGAGCAUGGACUCUGGGUGUCUCCAGAUGUAUUCGAUAAAUUCAGAGGUGAAAAUGGGAGCUUCGACAUGUACAUAACUAAUGAUCCAAGGGGGUUGUUAAGUUUAUACAACGCGUCUUACCUUUCUCUCCCUGGAGAACCAGAACUCGACCAAGCCAUCGCUUUUGCACGACAUCAUCUUGAAUCCAUGAGAGGCAGCCUCAUGUACCCUUUAUCUGAGCAAGUCAGAAGAAACUUGGUGAUACCUUUACCAAGGACUUUGAACAGAAUAGAUGCAUCACAUUAUAUUGCAGAGUACAAACAUGAGCAAGAAUACAACCCCUCCGUGCUUGAGCUUGCAAAGCUUGACUUUAAUCUUCUGCAGCGUCUUCACCAGUUGGAGCUCAAGGCUUUUUCUCGGUGGGGAAACGAUUUAUAUGAAGAAGUCGGGCUAAGCUACUCUCGGAAUCGUAUCGUUGAAUGCUACUUCUGGUCAUACACGGAGCUCUACGAGCGACAUUAUGGUGUUGCGCGGAUAAUCCUUGCCAAGUUGUUUGUGCUAGCAAGCAUGUUAGAUGAUACUUUCGAUAUGCAUGCAACAUUGGAAGAGGGUCAGAAGCUUAACGAAGCUAUACAAAGAUGGGAUGAGAGUGCUAUUCCUCUUUUACCGGAGUACUUGAAGAAGUACUUCAUCAGGAUGAUGAAUACCUUCAGAGAGUUUAAUGAUGAACUAAAACAAGAUCACAAGUACCGUGUUGCUUACUGUAGGAAAGCGUUCCAAACUCUGUGCGGUUGUUACCAACAGGAAUCUGAAUGGUUUCAUAGUAGUUACAUACCAACCUUUGAAGAUCAUGUCAAGUGCUCAAUCAUCUCAGCUGGUACCCCAAUGCUAUUCGUCGGUUCACUUGUUGGUAUGGGUGAAGAGGCAACCAAGGAAGCAUUCGAGUGGGCCAUUGGUUGCACCGAUGCUGUAAAGGCUUGCGGUGAGGUGACACGUUUCAUGGAUGACCUGGCUUCAUUUAAGCAUGGAAAGAACAAAUUGGACGUGGCCAGCUCCGUAGAAAGCUAUAUCAACCAGUAUCAUGUCACGGAUGAGGUAGCAAUCGCCACGCUGGAAAAUCUAGUUGAAAAUGCGUGGAAAACUACAAACCAGGCACGAUUUGACUGUCGUGCUCUGCUCCCUCUUGUAAACCGAGUCGCUAGCAUUACUAAAAGCAUGACGUUAUUGUUCCAUGAUAGAAUGGACCUGUACACAUUCAGUCGUGGCAACAAAGACAGGAUUCAUCAGCAGUUCGUGCAGCCUAUCCCCCUCUAGCUUCUCAAUGGGUCUACGGGCGCCUCUAGUUUUCCAAAUAAGCACUUUCUUUUAUGCAUUUUAAGUUCCCAACUUGGCUUGUACUUACAGAUUUAAAAUAAGCACGCAUGUACCCUUACGUGUUCUUGUAAUCUAUUUUCCCUAUCUCA